UCCAAUAGCAUGCCAGCAGCACAGCUGGAGGGCUGCAGCCAAGAGCUUCCGCAUCAUGAUGAAUAUGGCAUUUACCCUUGACUGCGUCUGAGGAGUGAGGCUCAAGAAAUUUCCUCUCGGGAGGCUGUAUCAGUAGGUGGAGAGUAAGUGCUUUGUGAGCUCCAGAGCCCCAGGGAGGAUUGGAGUGCUGGUUCUGCAGAGCUGCGCCCCUCAUUAUGCAGUUCUGGUUCCAGAAAGGGACUGCUUCUGCUUCGGGAGGAAGCUUCUGAAGGUAACUCUUGUGGAAAAAAAGCAGGUCUUCAAAGUGAAUGAGAGAAGGGCAGUGCUUUUGCCCUGAGAAAAAUCAGUGUGCUUCAAGCUGUCAAGUUUGACCUGGACUGGAUCAGUUAUCCAGAGCUUCCGAAUACGGUGGUGGUGUGAGGAUCACAGGAGCCUUCCUUGUGGCUGGAGGAAGAGCACAGCAGACGCGUUUAACACCAACGGCUGAGAGAGACAUGCUUCCUUCCAGCAGUGAUUAAAACCAGAAAUGGAGUGCACCGUUAGCACCAUGGGGUGCAACUCUUCUGCAGAUUACAGUAAACACAAAUAUAAUGAAAGAGCCAUAAAAGCUACUGUGUUAAUCCAGAGGUGGUACCGCUGUAAAAAAGCCCAGCUAGAGAUCCGCCGCCGCUAUUCUCUCACUAUCUUUGAGUCAAUCGAAUAUGCUGAUGAGCAAGAGCAAACACAGCUGUCCAACUUUUUCACAUUCAUGCUGGAGCACUGUGUUCAUCGUGGUAAAGUUGCUCACACUUCCACCAGCUCCCAUGUUUCUCCUGGUGCAGACUCAUAUGUAAUUGAGUAUGAAAAGAUUGAUGUUCCAGACUCCUAUCGUGGACCAAGACUCUCAUUUCCCCUCAAUAUUGCACAUGCUAAGGCUCUUCUUAACGCGCUCAAGAAUCGACAGCUGCUUCAUCCCCGCUAUGUACUGCAGCUGUUACAUGAGACCAGGAGACUUCUCAAGGAGAAGCCAAACAUCACCCAUGUUUCAGUUUCCUACUUCAAGGAGAUAACCAUCUGUGGAGACUUACAUGGAAAUCUGGAUGAUCUUUUACUGGUAUUCCACAAGAAUGGUCUGCCUUCAGAAAACAACCCUUAUGUCUUUAAUGGUGAUUUUGUUGACAGAGGAAAAAACUCUAUGGAAAUACUUAUAAUCCUAUUUGUGUUUCUUCUUAUCUACCCAAAUGAUUUUCACUUGAACAGAGGAAACCAUGAAGACUACAUCUUAAACAUGAAAUAUGGCUUCACUAAAGAAGUUUUGAAGAAGUAUAAGGUCCAUGGCAUGACAAUUCUGUAUCAUCUGCGAGACGUUUUCAGCUGGCUUCCCCUUGCCACUUUAGUUAAUAACAAAGUGCUUAUUGUACAUGGAGGAAUUUCAGACACCACAGAUUUGGAUUCCCUGAAUUUACUUGAGAGAAAUAAGCUGAAAACAUUGAUGAAGCUACCAAAGUUAGACAGAAAAAAACAAGUGAAAAUACAAGGCAUCUCACUGAGCUACUCUGAGCUUUUCCGAUGGAGUUCACAUCCAGAACUCACCGAGGAGGAGCGGAAACAAGUCCUGGACAUUCUCUGGAGCGAUCCAAAAAAGCAACAUGGCUGUACUCUGAACCAGCGUCGAGGAGGAGGUUGUUGCUUUGGCCCUGACACUACUGACCAGCUGCUUAAAAAGUAUAAUCUGAAGAUGCUAAUCAGGUCUCAUGAAUUUAAGCCGGAUGGCUACGACCUCACUCAUGAUGGGAAGGUUAUCACUAUAUUUUCUGCUUCUAACUAUUAUGAAGAGGGGAGCAACCGGGGAGCAUACAUCCGAAUGAAUCCUGACCUGGUUCCCCACUUUAUACAGUACCAAGUCUGCACGAGCACUGACAAGCGGAAAAACUGGGAGAGGGUGAAAACAAUUGAACAGUCUGCUUUACAAACCUUACAAGAGAGGAUUUUUGUUCACAAGCAAAAGCUCAUGGACACCUUUGCAAAGUAUGACCGCAACAGCACAGCAGGCAGGAUUUCUGUCAGUGACUGGGCAGCAGUGAUGGAGUCAGUCUUACAACUCAAACUGCCCUGGAGGACACUGAAGUCUCGGUUAGUGAAGACAGAUCCAGAUGGAAACGUUGACUACAUGUCAUGUUUUUACUAUAUGGACACAGCUCGUCCUAUGCAUCAGGUUCAGCCAACUUUGGUGGAAACGCUGUGCAAAUACAGAAGAGAUCUGCAGGUGAUCUUCAACAUCAUGGAUGAAGAUCAGUCAGGUCUAAUUUCACCUGAUGAGUUCCGCAAAACCUGGAAAAUCUUCAGUUCUUACCUUGGUAUUUAUUCACAUGAUGAAGCCAUUGACAAGUUAGCCCAGAGCAUAGACUACAACAAAGAUGGCUACAUUGACUUCAAUGAAUUUUUAGAGGCCUUUCAUGUGGUUCGCAAACUAGAGAACAAGGUAGCCUAGGGAAAGGGCAGAACUUCUUGGGGGGCUCACAGGAGCUCACCUUCCUGCUGUAGUCCCAACAGCCUAGAAAAACAAUUUCCAGACUGACAAACAAUAAAUGGUAAGCUCUGCGGUCACUGUGUAAACCUGUGUUGAAUCCCUUCGGGAUGAUGCAUACCUUCUAGUGAGGAAAGCAGAAGGGAUGACCACUACCACAUCAGUGUCUUAUCCUCACCCUUGGUGUCAUUUCCUCCACCACCCUAAUCUGUGAAUGCUACCAAGGUAGCAGCUACAGUGCCAUGGCAAGAGAUGCUCUGGUAAAUUUCUCCCAGCAGCCCUUAGAGCUAAGAAAUAGCAUCGAUGAUCACAGAGAACAUACCAGUCUCUCCUUGGGGAUGUGUAACAGGAAAAACAGGCUUUCUGUGGACUCCAGGUGAGGAAAACAGGGAAGAACCUUCUUAUUAAAAUAAGCAGUUCUGCAUAUUUAAUCUUGUUCUUUGCACGAUGUAAUUAAAGCAUUCCACAUUACUAGUUUUCCUCUUUGAGGUUUACGGACCCAACUUAAAAGGAAAGGUGUCUAUACCUGCCGCAGAUUUGUACUUAGCAAUGGUUACUUUUGCUGCAGUUGUUAGGUUUGGGGGUUAAUAAGUGAUCCUAACUUGUCACCUUAAUCAGGGCUUAAGCCAAAGCAUGUUCACAUACAGUAGAUCACAAAAAUAAA